CUUCCCAGUAUUCCCUUUUAGGCUUUCACAGUAAAUAAAAAUCAAAGUAAAUUUUAAAUUAAAUAAAAAUCAUGUCCGAUAAACGCCAAUUGCUGAAGAAAUACAUGAGAUGUCUGGACGAGAUGAAGAACGAGCUGAAGCGGCGACAACUCAAGAAGACGCUCAAGACCCACAUGAAGACAUUGCAUGAAUUGGAAUGCGAAAUAAACCAACGAGAGGGCAAGCAGGCAACGCUGAGACAACGUGGACGUGUGUGUGAUUCAAGGAAUUUGCCACAUCCACAGAUGUUGGAGGAGUACACCACACAAUUCUGUCGAUUGUCUGAGGAGGCCAGGGAGCUGCUGGAGUCAGCGCUGGCCGCACGCAGGGAUGCCUAUGUGCCGUACAGCAAGUUCCCGGUGGGCGCUGCCUUUCGUUCCAAGUGCGGCUACGUCUAUGCCGGCUGUAACAUUGAGAAUGUGGCCUUUACGCCGGGCUGCUGUGCCGAACGCACGGCCCUGGCCAAGGGUGUGAGCGAGGGACAAAUGAUGUUCACGGGUGGCGCUGUGGUGGCCUAUCAUCCCAAGGGUUUCACCAUGCCAUGCGGCGUGUGUCGUCAGUUUAUGCGAGAGUUUGCCUGCAGGGAUUUUCCCAUCUACAUAGCCAAGGCACCCGCACCGGAGCUGGCUGACAGAAUACCCGCCAUUGAGGACGAGGAUGAGGUGCUGGUCACCUCUGUGUAUCGCCUGUUGCCACACAGCUUCAGCACAUUCGAAUAAAGCGAAAACUUUAAUCUUGAACAUGAA